GCGCGAUCAGGGCUGUGGAUCUACCGCGGUAUUAUCUCUCGCCGAUGCGCACCGUCAACAUUUCCGACUACACCCAGAUCCACCCUCAGGGGGCGUCGGUGGGCGAGCGCACGCCGUCCCUCACGCUCGGCGACUGCCAGCGCGCGCGCGCCUCCGAGUGCAGCCGGCAGCACUCGCUGGCCGCCCGCUGCCUCGCCGCGUGCGCGCCGUUCCGCUGCUGCCCGGUUGCGAGCUUCCAGAACCGCGAGGUGUCGCACGCGAUCGUCAACAACGACCUCGCCGCGCUGCGCCGCGCCCUCGCCCUCCGCACCGCCAACAACUCCAAGUGCAUGUCGAGCUGCCACCCUGGCGUCAACGGAGGCAUCGACGGCACGUCGGGCAACGCGCUACACCUGGCGAUCGCGGGCGGCGGGUCGGCCGAGGUGGUGCACGAGCUCGUGCAGAGCGGCGCAAACAUCAACCAGUCCGACCGCUCCGGCGCCCUCCCGCUGCACCUCGCCGCGGCUCGCGGCGACGCCUCCGUGCUCGAGGUGCUGCUCCAGUCGGGGCAGGUAGUCUCGCUCGAGGACGUUGAUGUGGGAGACCGCUCGGCGCUGCAGCACGCCGCCGAGGGGGCGCACUGGGAUUGCGUCCGGCUGCUGCUGCAGCACGGCGCCUCGGCGCACGCGCUCGUCCUCUCGGAGGCGUCUCGCCGCGUCGACGACGGCGUCAAGCGGUCGGCCGAGGCGGCGGCGGUGUGCGAGGGUCUCUGGCGGCCUGCGGUGCGCUUCUGCGCCGUGGUUGCGCUCGGCGGGGAGGGCCGGCGCGCGUCGUGCACCCACCCCGCCCUCGCGACGUCUUGCGACGACAGCGAGUUCCACCGGCUGCUCGACAAGCUCGUGCGGUCGGCGCAGCUGCAACGGCACAGCGACCUGACCGUGCUCACCGAGCUCGGCAUGAUGCACUACAACCUGCUCCCGACGCAGGGCUUGCUCUUCAUGGCAGUCACCAUCAAGGAGAUGGCCCAGCCCGACGCCUUCACCUUCCUCCGCAACUUGCGCGACCGCGUCUUCCGCGAGUUCCCGCAGGCGGCGGCGCCCGCCGGCUCGCCGUCGCAGUUCGAGGAGCCGCAGGCAGAGGCGCUGCUGCGCGCGGCCUGCACCGACACCGACCGCAGGUACGUCCCUCGCGUCGAGCCGAGGCUGCCCGCUCCCUACGGCGGGCCGGAGCUGCCGUCGCGCGCGCUCGUGUGGGUGGAGACCGCGCGCAACCUUGGGCUCGAGCGCGCCGCCAUCGCCCCCGUCUCGGAGACCGAGCGGGCGGGGUGGCAGGGCGCGAUCCGCGGGCUGCGGCGCUCCUCGUCCGGGUCGACCCUCGGCGUGCCGGAGGUUGCGCAGGCGUACAGCCACAACAUGGUCGAGGGGCACCUCACUGACCAGCUGGCCGGCGUGCGCGCGCGUGUCGAGGGCCUUGACCGGCCGCACGCCAUCGCGCUGCUCCGCCACUUCAAGUGGUCGUACGGCGAGGUGGUCAACGCCCUCGACGCGAACCCGCACCUCCUCGCCACUCUCUUCGGCGCCCCCUUCCACGCCGGACCGCCCGACGCCGCGCCACCCGCCGACGCAACCGGCGGAGCGAACGGCGGCGCAGGCGGCGGCGCGGGCGGCGGCGGCGCGGGCGGCGGCGCGGGCGGCGGCGCGGGCGGCGGCGCAGGCGGCGGGGAGGGCGGCGGGGCGGCGGCGGGCGAGGGCGGUGCGGGCGGCGGCGUGGCGGCUGCGGCGGCGGAAGCCUUCGAGGAGGACUCGGUGGGGGGCGAGGCGAGGCUGCGUGCGCACUUGCGCGCAGGGGUGCACGAAGGGCAGGUGCCGCUCUGCAGGCCGGCGAGGGAGGGCGACGCCGAGGGGGCGGCGCCGAGGUACUCGCCGGUGGAGGAGGGGACGCUGCAGGCGCUGCUCACCGAGGCGGAGCGGGAGGAGUACGAGAACAACAUCGUCGCAACCUUCCUCGACGAGUCGGCCUGCUGGCAGACCUGUCCCACGCACUGCGGCCACGCGAUCCACUGCACUGUCGCCGAGCUGCAGCGCCCCGCCGCCGCGGCCACCUCCGUCGCCGCCUUCGACGUCGCGUGCGCCUGCGGCGCGCACUUUUGCUGGCAGUGCAAGGCCAAGUGGCCGCUGCUCGAGUCGCACGCGCCGCUCCCGUGCGAGAUGAUCGCGGGCUGGCAAUCCGCAAUCCUCGAGGACUCCGGCGAGCGGGAGCGCGACACGCCCCCCUCGCGCGUCGCCAACGCCGAGCCGGCGAGUGACCCGCUCGGAGAGAGUCUCGGGGCGGAGGAGGAGGCGGUGGAGGCGCGGCGGCAGCUGCGAGAGUGUCGCGCGCGCGUCGAGGCUCUCUCGGCCGAGAUGCGGCGGGACGCGCCGAUGCGCGAGGCGCUCGCGCAGGCACAGGAGCUCAUUGGCGCGGUGCUGCUGCCGACGCCCGCCGCGGGGUCGGCGGCGGCGGCGGCGGCGGCAGCGAACACGCGCGCGCUGGACGCGGCGGGCUUGGGCGGGCGCGACACGCUCUACUCGUCGCCGACGUCCGCCGCGUGCGACGCGUUGCUCGAGUCGCGGCGCGCGCUCAAGCUCGCCGCCAUCGCCAAGUACAUGGUCCAGCGCCCCCUCGCCCGCAUAAAGAUCGAUCGUGGGCCGCUCAACGACCUCGGCGCGAUCGUGUCGCGGCUGCAACUGCUCGUCGAGCUCCUCGACGCGCUCCUCGACAUUCGGAUGGCGGAGCAGCUCGACGACGAGUCGGAGCGGCGGUACGAGGAGCCAGAGUCGCCCGGCUCGGGCGCGCAGAGCCCGCUCGGCGGCGCCGCGGUGCCUCGGCAGGUGAGCGGCGAGCGGGCGGUCGCGCUGCUCAAGCACGCAGCGCUGCUCUGCUCGACCGACACUAGGGUGGGGUACGCCUCGCUCACCGCCCUCACCCGCGUCACGCGUGCGACGCUGCACGAGCUCGGCCUCUGCCUGUUGCGGCUCGUGCAGCCGCGCUCGGCGGCGGCCGGCGAGGCGCAAGGCGCGGGCGUAGUCGGCACUCUCGUCGAGUCGGGCAUCGCGGGCAUGGUGAGCACUUUCUCCAACCUCUUCGGAUCGUCCGCCCAGAUGUGACCAGGGGCAGCAGCCGCCGCCGCCGCAGCAGCAACAGAAGCCGCCGCAGCAGCAGCAGCGGCGGCGGCGGCAGCAGCAGCAGCAGGCCCCUCGACGCUUCCGUGAGAGGGGGUGGGAGAGGGGUGGGGCAGGCGCAGGCGGCGCACGCGGGGCGGCGCAAGAUGGGGGCUCUAGGAGCUCUCGAUCACUUCCCUGAGGGACAUCUGGCACGGCGGUGUUGCGCCACGCUGGUCGACGCCCACCCACCCCCUCCCGCCCACCAUCUCUUCUCAGACGCUGACCGAGACCGGACACGGCGUCGAGUAUCGAGUAUAGCCCCUCUCUUUUUUGUGCUACAGUUGUGAUGAUGUGAGUCUUUCGUGCGCCUGACAAUGUGUUUUCUUUGGAAUUCGCCCUCUGUUUACGCGUGGUAGCUGGAAGCUGGUACAACC